AUGAACAUCAAUUCAAACUACGACCCACCUGGAUCUCCCAUGAACAGCCAUACGCCUUCGACGACGUCGACGCUGGCAGCCGCACAUACUUCCGCUUCGUCUUCGUACCAACACAAGUUCCAUUUCCACCCAACCAGAACUACGGCCUCUUCCACGGGAAGCAACCACCACCACAACAACAAUAAUGCCAAACAGACAGUUUCGAUAAAGGCCCUUUUGGCAGAUGAAGUAGAGAACAUCGAGGGACUCUGGAGAAUGUACAACAAGGCUAAAGAGUCGCUACCAUAUAAGGCUCGUAUGGAAAACUUGACCUGGAGAAUGAUGUACAUCACCAAUAAACGACUAGAAGUCAAGAAAGAGAGUAUCCACAUUAAAAUGGAACACGAAGCUGAGAUUUAUGAAAACUCUAAUAAUGUUCCUGAGAAUUCAGUAUCGCCGUCGUUGGAUCCAGCUGCUGAGGACUUUGACUAUGUAGCUCAUAUUCGAAAGAUGGGGCAGAACAAUCUAGAGAAUGAUGCUGGUGAUUCUGAAAUUGACAUCAAUAAUGACGAUUCUAACGAUUCAAACGAAGCUGUCAACUUCAGAAAGAGACCUGCUGACUUCUCUCCCAUGAUUACUAGCCACGCUGGACCUGGUUCUAUCACAGGGAUUCACUCCAACUUGUCGAUGUCGUUGAACCAGGAGAAGUUGAGGAGUCAGAUUCAAAAUCAGAGUCAAAGUGUACAUCCUUUACGAACGAGUAUCCAGCCCCAUAUCUUACCUUCUCAGCAUCUUCCACUUAAUGACUUGGACCAUUCGGAUCACCGAAGCCAGUCAAACAGUAUUCCAGACCACCACAACGACCUUUACGACCACAACCAUGAUGACCAUGACCACCACCUUGAACUGCUUCAUGUGGGGCACCACGGCAUGGGAGAAUCUUCAGCGUUUGAGUUUUCUCUCGAUCCUUUGGCUUUUGAAGGUCCGAACAACAACUACAACGAUGACAUUAACAUGGACAUUCUUGCUAAUGGAACCAAUAGUAGAUUCGAUGAUAUGGAAGAAUACCAUACCAGAAACCCCAGUCUUCAUAGUCAAACUAUUGGACCUACCAGCAUUCUCCAUAACUACAAUGAUCACCACCACAGUAAUAGUAACAACAGCAAUAGUAAUUCUCGCUAUGGACAUUCUAACAGUGUUGUUUCGGUCGUAGCAACCCCUACAAAUCUCUUGAGGCACGACAAUUCCAUCAUCAGUUUACCAGACUUCAGCCAUAACUCGGCUAGUCUUCAUCUGCAACAUCAGCAGCCUCCUUUGAGUCGCUCUAUAACACAAACUCCUACUAAUUUUUCACGGUCUUCGAACGGAAACGACACUUUCCAAUUCAACCCUUCUUUUUCUGGCGUCCAGCAAUCACCUGGUCUCGAUUUUCCGACUCCUCAGCUCAACAACCAGCCAUUUACCGAUUCUUAUUUUGACAGCAUUGGAUCUGGAAGCAUUCCUAACAAGAAGGGUGCGUUUCCCAAACAGUUCAGCUUCACGGGUCUGGAAACUGAGACUACUCCACAUUCUCUUCCUUCACAGACGACACUUACCAGCUGGAGAUCUUCUGUUGAUAAGCCAGACAAGAUUUCCAAGCCUUCAUCGAAGAAGUCCAAGUCAGAAAAGUUCAAGAACUCUUCUGAAAAGUCGAAAUCAAAGAAGACAUCGAGCCCCGCAGAAACUCCACGAUCUCUGGGCCAGCUCAAGAGUUCUCAAUCGACAACUUCGUUGUCUUCGAUGCAGCCGGGAGUCUCUUGUACUAAUUGUCACACCCAAACGACACCAUUGUGGAGAAGAAAUCCACAGGGACUACCCUUGUGUAAUGCCUGUGGUCUUUUCUUGAAGUUGCAUGGAGUCGUUCGUCCCUUAAGUUUGAAAACAGAUGUCAUCAAGAAAAGACAGAGAAAUACGAACCCCAAGAAGUCUAUCAGUGGUUCUAGUAAAGACAAGGACGGGGACGACUUGAACCCUACCUCCAUUUGCAAAAGCGACACGAAGAUCAUAAAAAGUCUCGUAGCAGGAGGAAGUGACACGUCCGAAACACUCGCAGUUGAUGGCGAAGACUUGAAGUUUGAAACUCCAAUCUUGCUCUCUUCCAAGAAGAAACCAACUAGAAACGCCUCUGUGACUUCUUCUUUAACUAUGACACCAAAAAAGACUUCUACGAAAGCGAAAAGUACAAAAGCUUCGCCUAAGAAAGUCUCUGUCAAGAAAGAAAAAAAUGGCUUCGUUUUGAAGACAGAAGGUGAAGAUUACGUAGAUAUAGACCACGACAACGAGUUCAUCAAUGUGCUCAACUCAGUAGACCAAAACUUACCACAAGCCCGUGGCAAUCUGGAAAACCAGAACGACCAACAUGUCAUGAACAGCAACGGGCACGAUCUUGAAAACGCUGGAGAACAAAAUGGUAACAACUGGGACUGGUUAAGCAUGACCCUAUAG